AUGGCGAAGGUGGGGAUUGUCGAUGACCUCGUCAAGGCAGGACACAUAAACUACGAAGGCAUUCAGUUCCGCCAAUCAUAUGCAAGAGGCGGCGAGGUUCUGGGAAGCCUCAAGAUGUCUCAAGUUCCCAAAGGGACUGUGAAAUACAACUAUGCAGGAAUUCACCUUGGUCAACAUCUGGUAGCAAAGAUUAUCCUCGAACACUGCCAGAAGCAGCAGUCCUUUCGAAUCCUUUGGAAGCAUCGCUUUGUCGGGGCCAACCAGACCAACAAUAGCAAACCUGUUGAAGUACUUGCAGUUGGACCUUCUGGAGAGGUUGCCUUCACCUGUGAUUAUUUGAUAGGUUGCGAUGGUGCGAGCAGUGCCGUCAGGCGAUCGUUGUGUAUUCCCUUUGAAGGAUUCACUUGGACUGAUUUCCGGUUUGUUGCAUCAAACGUCAACUACAAUUUCGAGAAGUAUGGGUUUGCGACCGCGAACAUGAUUGUCGACGAGGAAGACUGGGCAGUCAUCGCUAGAACUGGCCCAGGAGACGAACCAUGGCGAGUUGCAUUUGGCGUCCCGGCCGACAUCGUGGAUUCAGACAUCAUCAAGCAACUCCAUGAGAAGUACGAGCGUCUACUUCCAGGACCUAGACCCUUGGAGUACGAUCUGGUGAAUGCCAAUCCGUAUUGGGCCCAUCAAAGGUGUGCCAAGACAUUCCAUAAUGAGAGAAUUGUUCUCUGUGGUGAUGCUGCGCAUUCCAACAACCCAAUUGGCGGACUUGGUCUGACAACUGGAUUCCUAGACUCUGCAGCACUUGGGAAUUGCCUUUUGAGAAUUCUGAUCCUCGAAGAAGAGGCCGGCCCGCUCCUGUCACGAUAUGGAGAAGUUCGAAAGGCAACGUGGCAAGAAUUCACAAAUAAGGCAUCGACAGACUUCAAGCUACGUUUGCACUCCGAUGAUCCUGAAGUUGUCGCUGAGAGGGAGGCUUUUAUCUAUGCGCUGAAUAACGACCCCGAUGUGCAUAAAAAGGCGGCGUCAUCCAUGAACGAAAACAUUCAGGACAUGUUUGAAGGUCCAUUAAUGCUGUAG